AUGCUGGGUGCCGUCCUCCGCGGCCCGGCCUCUCCGAUCCCGCCUCUCUUCCCCUCGCCGGGGCGCCCUCUCAUCCACCUAUCCCGCCGCCUCCCUACGGCGCCCACCAUGGCCGACGCCAAGAAGACCGACGCGCCGGCGACCCCGGCCCCGGAGCCGCCCGAGAAGCCGCUCCCCGGCGACUGCUGCGGCAGCGGCUGCGUCCGCUGCGUCUGGGACAUCUACUACGACGAGCUCCAGGACUACCAGAAGGCCCUCGCCGCUCACUCCUCCGCCGCUGAUCCCAGCGGCGACAAGGCCUCCGCCGACGAGAAGAAGAUCAAAUCGUGA